GAGUGCGGUUUCGGUAUCGGUAUCAUUGUAGCUCUCAGUUCGCCGCUUGAACUUGCCACUUGUAAGCCCGCGUGUGCAUUAUCUAUUUGUUUCCCCUAUAAAUAUUUUUGAAUCGCAUAAGUUAUGUGCCAGCUACGACUAAGCUUCCUGCUGACACUGCUGCAGAUCUCUCUGGGCUGGGGGCAAAACCUGCCAUACAUUGCCUGUCCCGAGUUGUUUGAGUACUUGGGCUACAACCAGGAGCACAUAGGACACAUAAACCUGAAGUUGGACUCGUCCAUUGUGGAAAAUACACUGCGUGUGGAGCUGUCACAGCCAGGUCGACAUACCUCUAGCUAUCCGGGAGAUCUAAAUCUACUGGAGAAUGAGGAAUCGGUUAGAUAUCGACUGCGCAACAAUGAACCAAUCAACUAUCGUGUUGACUUUCCCACGCCGGGUGUGGUCCCAAAACUAACCAUGAUCUCCCUCAAUGGCCAGAUUGUGUGCCGUUCUAUGGCAUAUGGUCCGCCCAGUACAAAACUUUCGUUAUCGCACACGCUGCGCUCCACUGGUCCUUUGCUGAAUCUACUGCCACAGCAGCCUCAACAAAUACCUAAGCAGCCACAAUUUUCACAACAGCCGCAAUACCCACAAUACCCACAACAGCCGGAGGAGCCAGUGAGAGCACGACCCCAGCCUCAGCCUCAGCCCCAGCAGCAGCAAGAACCAUUCCGACCACGGCCUGGGCCAACGCCAGCACCACAAUUUAUCCCAGAACCGCUGACAACCACCACACAGCGACCCACAGCUCCAUCGUCAGCUCGACAGCGACCCUCUGGAAACAGACCCCGGACCCUGGGACAAUUGAAUGGCGUCUGUGGCAGGGAGAAGCCCGUCAGCACGCCCCUAAUCCACUUCGGGCAGGUGGUGGAGCGGGGACAGCUGCCCUGGAUGGUGGCCCUGUACGAGCGGGUGGGCAACGAGUACAACUUCCUAUGCGGUGGCACCCUCAUCUCGGCCUCCACCGUGCUCUCGGCGGCCCAUUGCUUCCGCUUCGGCAGCCGCAAUCUGCCCUCGACUCGCACGGCCGUGUCGCUGGGACGCAACUCGCUGGAUCUGCUGACACCGGGUGCCCUGCGAGCAGUGGCCGAGCUGGUCAUACACGAGCAAUACAAUCCGAGUAUCUAUACGGACGCGGAUCUGGCCAUGCUGAAGCUUGCAGAGCCAGUGGAUUUCAGCGACUACAUCCGACCCAUUUGCCUGUGGAACGAAAACUAUCUGCUCGAUCUGCCGUCGGGCCACAAGUCCUACGUGGCUGGCUGGGGCGAGGAUGAGCGCGGCAACAGAAACUCCCGCAUUGCCAAGAUGACGGACACGGACAUCAUCACGCUGCCAGAGUGCCGGGGAAAUCUCACAUCCGAGAAUGUGCGAUUCGUCACCUCGCGCACCGUUUGUGCCAGUAAUCGUGAGGGUGCUGGUCCCUGCAAUGGAGACUCUGGCGGUGGACUGAUGCUGCAGGAGUCGGACAUUUGGCUGCUGCGUGGAGUCGUGUCCGCGGGACAGCGGCUGAGCAAUCGCUGCGAUCUGUCGCAGCCCGUGAUAUACACGGAUCUGGCCAGGCACAUCGAAUGGCUGCAUACGGUCAUUUGGUACUGAGAGGGGUUCGAGAACCCUAGCAGAUUAGUUGAUAGCUUGUAUAUGAAUCCAGUGCCAAAAUAAACGCUAGCUUAGUUUUUUUA